CUACAACAUCCUCAACAACUACGCUGCAUCAAAGACACUAAAUCCACCAGGAGCUUCAGACCAGACCAGACCAACCCGACAGAAUGUCUCGGUUCAUGGAUAUGACGGAGUUUGGGGAAGCUGGUCAUUACCUUCGUCUGACCAACCUGGAGCAGCUGGCUGCAAAGGCUCAGGCUUUUGAUGGUACAAAGCGUGUCUGGAUGCCUGAUGACGUUGAAGCGUAUAUUGAAGUGGAGAUCAGAGAACUGAAUGGAGACAAGACGACUGUGGAGACCAAGGACGGACGGUUUCUGAUAGUAAAAGAAGACGACCUCCAGCCCAUGAACCCUCCUAAGUUUGACAUGAUAGAGGACAUGGCCAUGUUGACUCAUCUAAACGAAGCCUCUGUCCUCUUCAACCUGAGGAGGAGAUACAGCAUGUGGAUGAUCUAUACCUACUCCGGUCUGUUCUGUGUGACAGUCAACCCGUACAAAUGGCUGCCGGUUUACUCUGCUGAGGUGGUAACGGCCUAUAAAGGGAGGCGUCGUGCAGACACACCGCCUCACAUCUACGCCAUCGCUGACAACGCCUACACUGACCUGCUGCAGAAUCGAGAGAACCAGUCGAUGCUCAUCACUGGUGAGUCCGGUGCAGGAAAAACCGUCAACACCAAAAGGGUGAUUCAGUACUUUGCAAUCAUCGCUGCUCUGGGAGAAAAUGUGAAAAAAGGAGGGUCAUUAGAGGACCAGAUCAUUGAAGCUAAUCCAGCCAUGGAGGCGUUCGGCAACGCCAAAACCAUCCGCAACGACAACUCCUCUCGCUUUGGAAAGUUCAUCAGAAUUCACUUUGGGACGACGGGGAGGCUGGCGUCUGCUGACAUCAACAUCUAUCUUCUAGAAAAGUCCAGAGUUGUGUUCCAGCAGCCAGGAGAGAGAAGCUACCACAUCUACUACCAGAUCCUGUCCAAUCACAAGCCAGAACUACAAGACAUGUUGCUGGUGACCACAAACCCCUACGACUAUCACUUCUGCUCUCAGGGUGUGACCACAGUGGAAAGCAUUAAUGACGGAGAGGAGCUGAAGCUUACUGAUCAUGCCAUGGACACGCUGGGCUUCACUCCAGAGGAGAAGUACGGCUGCUAUAAGAUUGUUGGAGCCAUCAUGCACUUUGGUAACAUGAAGUUCAAGAAGAAACAGAGAGAGGAGCAGGCAGAGGCCGACGGCACGGAGAGUGUGGAUAAGGCAGCCUAUCUGAUGGGCAUUAGUUCUGCUGACCUGCUGAAAGGCCUGCUGAACCCCCGCGUCAAAGUUGGAAAUGAGUUCAUUGUGAAAGGACAGACUGUGGAACAGGUUAACUUUGCAGUGGCGGCCCUGGCCAAAGCCACCUAUGACCGUAUGUUUAAGUGGUUGGUGAGUCGUAUCAACUCGUCCUUAUACACUUCUCUGCCUCGUCAAUACUUCAUCGGAGUCCUCGAUAUUGCCGGCUUCGAGAUCUUUGAGUUCAAUAACUUUGAGCAGCUGUGUAUCAACUUCACCAACGAGAAGCUGCAGCAGUAUUUCAACCACCACAUGUUCAUCCUGGAGCAAGAGGAGUACAAGACUGAGGGGAUAGAAUGGACCUUCAUAGACUUUGGUUUGGACUUACAGGCCUGCAUAGACCUCAUAGAGAAGCCCAUGGGGAUUCUGUCCAUCAUGGAAGAGGAGUGUAUGUUCCCCAAGGCCACGGACCACAGCUUUAAAACCAAACUCUAUGACAACCAUCUGGGGAAGUCACCCAACUUCCAGAGGCCAAGGCCGGACAAGAAGCGCAAAUAUGAGACACACUUUGAGGUGGUUCACUAUGCUGGAGUGGUGCCGUACAACAUCACAGGUUGGCUGGAUAAAAACAGAGAUCCUCUGAAUGAGACGGUAGUGGUUCUGUUCCAGAAAUCCUCCAACAAACUGAUGGCUGGACUGUUUGAGAACUACAUCAGCUCUGAGAUGGCCAGUGAUCCAAAGGCUGAGACUAAACACAGAAAGAGGAAAGCAGCUUCCUUUCAGACAGUUUCUCAGUUACACAAGGAGAAUCUAAACAAGCUGAUGGCUAACCUUCGCAGCACUCAGCCUCACUUUGUCCGCUGCAUCAUCCCCAACGAGAGCAAGAAUCCAGGUGUGAUGGAUCCGUUCCUGGUCCUCCACCAGUUGAGGUGUAACGGGGUCCUUGAGGGGAUCAGGAUUUGCAGGAAAGGCUUUCCAAACCGUAUCCUAUAUGCUGAGUUCAAGCAGCGUUAUCGCAUAUUGAAUCCCUCUGCAAUUCCGGAGGAUUCGUUUGUGGACAGCAGGAAGGCUGUGGAGAAACUUCUGUGCUCUCUGGACAUAGACCACACCCAGUACAAGUUUGGACAAACCAAGGUGUUUUUUAAGGCAGGUCUGUUGGGUCAGUUGGAGGACAUGAGGGACACCCGUCUGUCUCAGAUCCUCACCACCGUCCAGGCCAUGUGCAGAGGGAAGCUGAUGAGGAUGGAGCGACAGCUGAUGAUGCUGAAAAGAGAUGCUGUAAUGGUGAUUCAGUUCAACCUCAGAGCGUUCUUCUCAGUGAGGACUUGGCCAUGGAUGAUGUUGUUCUAUAAGCUCCGCCCCCUGCUCAGAAGCGCCCAGGUGGAGAAAGAACUUGCUGCUCUGAAGGAAGAUUUUGCCAAACUAAAAGAGGCCUUUGACAGAUCGGAGGUGAAGCGUCGGGAGGCAGAGGAGAAGCAGGUGGUUUUGGUUCAGGAGAAAAAUGACCUUGGUCUGCAGCUCCAAGCUGAGCAGGAUAACUUAACAGAUGCAGAGGACCGCUGCAAUCAGCUGAUUCAAUCCAAAAUCUCUCUGGAGUCCAAGCUGAAAGAGAUGCAGGAGCGUCUGGAGGAUGAGGAGGAGGUGAGCGCCACACUGACAUCCAAGAAACGACAGCUGGAGGACGAGGUGACGUCACUGAAGAGAGACGUGGACGAUCUGGAGAUGACCCUGGCUAAAGUGGAGAAAGACAGACAUGGAGUGGAGAACAAGGUGAAGAACCUUUCCCAGGAGAUGUGUGUUCUGGAUGAAUCCAUAGCAUCUCUGAGCAGAGAGAAAGCUGCCCUGCAGGAGGCUCACCAGCAGGCUCUGAAUGACCUUCGGGCUCAGGAGGACAAAGUCAACAUGCUGGCCAAGGCAAAGACUCGACUCGAGCAGCAAGUGGACAACGUGGAAGGUUCCUUGGAGCAGGAGAAGAAGGUGCGGACAGAGCUGGAACGAACUAAACGGAAGCUGGAGGGGGAUCUGAAGCUGUCCAUGGAUUCAGUGAGGGACCUGGAGAACCAGAAGGACGAGCUGGAGGAGAGACUAAAAAAAAAAGACUUUGAGUUGGGUCAGUUUCAGUCGAAAAUGGAGGAUGAGCAGAAUUUGGCCGCUCAGCUUCAGAAGAAAAUCAAAGAGCUUCAGACUCGUAUUGAGGAGCUGGAGGAGGCGCUGGAGGCGGAGCGGGCAUGGCGCUCCAAAGCUGAGCGUCAGAGGAACGACAUCGCCAGAGAGCUGGAGGAGCUGGGAGAGAAACUGGAAGAGGCAGGAGGAGCCUCUGCUGCUCAGAUCGCUCUCAACAGGAAGCGAGAGGCAGAUUUCCUGAAGCUGCGGCGGGAGCUAGAGGAGGCUGGGCUUCACCACGAGGCAACAGCCGCCACUCUGAGGAAGAAGCACUCGGACACGGUGACGGAACUCAGCGAGCAGAUUGAUGCUCUGCAGAGAGCCAAACAGAAACUGGAGAAGGAGAAGGCAGAGUUCAGGCUGGAGGCCGACGACCUGGCUACUAAUGUGGAGCAGCUGUCCAGGGCCAAGGGAGCUGUGGAGAAGAUGUGCAGGGUUUAUGAGGACCAGCUGAAUGAGAGCAGGAGCAGAGCUGAAGAGCUGCAGAGACAACUGACUGAAGUCUCUGCUCAGAAAGCACGAGCGCUAACUGAGACUGCUGAGUACAGCCGUCGUCUGGAGGAGCGGGACUCUAUGAUUGGUCAGCUCCAGCGCUCUAAGGCGGGAGUUUGUCAGAACUCUGAAGAUCUCAAGAGGCAGCUGGAGGAGGAGAGCAAAGCUCGUGUGGCGCUGGCUCACGCAGUGCAGGCGUCCCGUCAUGAUUGCAGUCUGCUCAGAGAGCAGCUGGAGGAGGAGCAGGAGGCCAAGGCUGAACUGCAGAGGGCGCUGUCGAAAGCCAACAGUCAGGUGGUUCAGUGGAGAGCCAAGUAUGAGACUGAUGCUGUGCUGAGAAUAGAGGAGCUAGAAGAUGCAAAGAAGAAGUUAGUUGUCAAACUACAAACUGCUGAAGAAGCUGUGGGGGCGACUCAGGCCAAAUGUUCCUCACUGGAGAAAAGCAAACAGCGUCUGCAGACAGAGAUUGAAGACCUGGUGGUUGAACUGGAGCGUUCCAACGCUGCUGUUCUGGCUCUGGACAAGAAGCAACGCAACUUUGACAUGUUGCUGAGUGAGAUGAAACUGAAGUAUGAGGAGAGUCAGAUGGAGCUGGAGGCGUCGCAGAAAGAGUCUCGCAGUCUGAGCACUGAACUCUUCAAACUGAAGAACUGCUAUGAAGAAGCUCUGGACCAUCUGGAGACAGUCAAACGAGAAAACAAGAACCUGCAAGAUGAGAUCCUUGACCUGACAGAUCAGAUCAGUCAGGGAGGUAAAACCAUCCAUGAGCUUGAGAGGAUGAAGAAGAUCCUCGAUGUGGAGAAGGGCGAUAUCAGAGCAGCUCUGGAAGAAGCAGAGGGUACUCUGGAGCAUGAGGAGAGUAAGACACUGAGAUUUCAGAUGGAGCUGCAGCAGAUAAGGACUGAAAUAGACCGCAAGAUUACAGAGAAAGAUGAGGAGAUCGACAACCUCAGGCGGAACCACCAGCGCUCCCUGGAGGCCAUGCAGGCCAGUUUGGAGGCAGAGGUUCGUAGUCGCAGCGAGGCGGUUCGCCUGAGGAAGAAGAUGGAGUCUGACCUGAACGAGCUGGAGGUUCAGCUGGGACAUGCUAAUAAACAGGCAGCUGAGAGCCAGAGGAUCAUCAGGCACCUACAGACACAGGUUAAAGAGCAUCAGGUGGAGCUGGAAGAUAAAGUCCAGUUGACCAAUCAGCUGAAAGAACAGAUCGUCCUGUUGGAGCGACGCUGUUCUCUGAUGGCGGCUGAGGAAGAGGAGCUUCGCGAAAUCCUGGAGCAGACCGACCGAGGCCGCAAGACGGCCGAACACGAGCUGGUGGAGGUUGCAGAGCGGGUUAACCUGCUCACUACACAGAACACAGGUCUGGUGACCCAGAAAAGGAAGUUGGAGGCCGAGCUGUCUCUGCUGACAGGAGAGGUGGACGAGGCAACGCAGGAGAGCCGCAUUGCUGAUGAGAAAGCCAAGAAAGCCAUCACAGAUGCGGCUCUGAUGGCAGAGGAGCUGAAGAAGGAGCAGGACAGCAGCAGCAUGUUGGAGAGACUGAAGAAGAACAUGGAGUCUACAGUGAAAGAGCUGCAGGUCAAACUGGAUGAGACGGAGCAGAUGGCACUGAAGGGAGGAAAGAAACAGCUUCAUAAACUGGAGACAAGAGUGAGGGAGCUGCAGACGGAGCUGAUUGUGGAGCAGAAGAAGAGUGAGGAGUAUCACAAAGGAGUCCGUCGCUACGAGAGGAGAGUCAAAGAGCUGACGUACCAGUCGGAGGAGGACAGGAAGACUCUGCUGAGGAUGCAGGAGCUGAUCGAUAGGCUUCAGACCAAAGUCAAGAGCUAUAAGAGACAAGCUGAGAACGCUGAGGAGCAGGUGAGCAGCAGUGGAGUGCGUUUCAGGAAAAUCCAACACGAGCUGGAUGACGCUGAAGAAAGAGCCGACAUCGCAGAGACUACUGUCAACAAGCUGCGGAUUCGAACCCGUGAACAGAUCAGCAAGGUCGCUGUGAUCGCUGAAUGAAGCUUUCCCUGCUCUUCAGACUUUGUUUGUGGUGUUUGAUGUUUGAUUGCUGUGUGAUAUUGUCUGAUGUGUUUGUGCUGUAUAGUGUAGGAUCAUCGGGGGGGGCAUGAAUCUGUGUCAGCUGUAUGUAACCAUGUCAAUAUGUGAUGAUAGGUGAUGUGGUUUGUAUGGGAAGUGUGGAAGGCAGUGACGACAUAUGAGAGCUGCAGUCGAGUUUGUAGAACUAAACAGUCUCAACAUUCAGCUGUGGUAAAGCCUGAGGGCUCAGUCUCCACCUGCACUGCUUAAAGCUAAACCUUGUCACACAGCACUCAGGUGAGAGUCACACUGUGUGAGGUUGUAAUACUUAAAGUUUGGUGACAUAUAGAAGCUGAGGGCGAGUUUUUCUCAGUGUCAGACUCAGAUUGCAAGGCUGUGACUAUUUUCUGGAAGCAUCAGUAAACCAGUCAGCACUGGUUUAGCACCCCUGAUUAUUUUUUACUUAUUUAUUCCUGUGUGAAAAUGUUCCUGGUUGUUGGUGACAAUGUUGAGAAAAGUGCAUGUUUUUGGAGUGGAGUCAGCUGAUAACAAAAUAAGAUAUAAACUAUGGGACACUAAGUAACAUACAUGUUUGACUGCAGCGCCAUGUCAGUGGCUACGUUUACAUAUGCUACAUAAAAUACAUGAAUGAACCUGUGCCAAGUGAUGUUUUUGAUAUUAGCUUUUAACCAGAUCAUCCUGAGUAGAGUCUGAAUAUCUUUUGCAGUGCUGAACUAAUCUGUAGCUCCAUGCAGCUCUUCAGCCUCUUUUAGCUUUCAGCUACACAUACACUGUGUGGUUAAACUGCCUGCUAGAAAACGGGACAAACCCAGCAGCAAACAGCAGACAGACUCAGUCAGAGAGCAGCUGGUGAACACAGUGGAGGUGGAGACCAAACACAGAGCUAAAACAGAGGUAAUAGUGGACUUCAUUCAUCAUCACUCCACAUUAAUCAUCGCGUUGCUCUGUAGCUGCUGGAUGUAGGAGCAGGAAGCUGGUUGCUAACAGGUUAGAAGCUGAUGAUGUAUCAGGGCUGUGCUGCUGGGUUUUUCUGCCCCCUACUGAUCAAAAUCCUCUUCACAGUCACGAGUCCUGAUCUCAAACCAUGUGCCUGUAUUCACACUGUGUAUUUGAUCUGAAUAUUGAUGUGUGGGUUUUACUGUAGAAAUCUUCACUGUAGUAAAGAAAAACAAUGAAGAACAAACUGUUGGUGUUUUUGUUCUUUAACUUCAUUGUCUGUGCUACAAAGUACCUGACAAACCAUUAGUGUUGAACAGAACAGGGACAUGGUGCUGAUCUUAUCCUGGACCUGUUCUCUCACCUCCAUCACCCUCUUUCUUUCUUUCUCUCAGUCAUCUUGUCCUGUAUCUCCUCCGGUCUUUUCAGUUUCACUCUGCUCGUCUCUGCUGGGAUAAUCUCACAAUGACAAUAAAAAUAUAUGGGGAAAACACAUUUUAACAUUAAUUUAAACAUCAAUUUCAAUUUAGCAUAAAGUUCUCCAACAACGAUCAAUCUAAAGAGAUGGAAACUUUAACGAGAUGAGUAUAUUGUUACCAUGGUGUACUAUGUACAGUUAGAUGUACAGACACCUCUCACUGACUGUGACACUGAAGAAAACUUUAAAGCUUGAUGAUCCUCAGGUGGUUUCUGCAGUUCGAGGUGGCAGCUUUUUCCUACGAUUUCUUAGCAGAUUUGUGGAUCAUUUAUUUGCAAUGCACAUUAGAUAAUUGUAUCCUUUUUGACACAAACCAUGCUGCAACAUGUGUGGUCCUCCUUACACACGAACACGCUUUGAACAGGGAAAAGGUUCAUUUUGGCAUUCAACACUUUAUUCACAAACUAGAACCAAUCACUGUUUCCACAGGUCAGUGGGUGACUGUACAGGUGUGUUAGAUCAGUAUCACUGGCUGCACACGGCCCGUUUACAUCAUGUGUCGUCAAGUCUCAGCAUGAACCCUCCAUUGGUCCAUUCAUCCCUCCAUCCUCCAAUCAAAGUGCUCAGCAGUUUGUCCUUCAGUGUGUGUGUUUAUGUGUGUGUGUGAGGGGGUGGAGGGAGUACAGGUGUGGGUGUGUGUGUGUGUGUGUGUGUGUGUGUGUGUGUGAGAGAGUCGGUCCAGUCUCAGGUGGUCCAGAACGGUCCGAUUCUAGUGCGCGUCUUUAGAAAACACACCUAAACAUUUACAAAUACAUUCAAACACAACCAGGAGAUUUUUUCCUAGAUAGUUGUUAGACAGCAAAUAGCACCGCAGAGCAAAUACAUUUGGGGUUAAAAAAAAAAACAAACUCUACAGACAACAGACUGGUUGGCUGCAUUCACACAGGAAGGAAGAAACCACCCUCAAACACUUUUACACAGAAAAAAAAGGAAUAUUUGUGAUGAAAGUUUCCUGGUGUUUCCUCUCUGUGGAUCAACAACACGCUCUGAUGAAAUCUGAUCGUAGAAAAUGUGAUUUCAAAUGAUUAGAAAUGUGUGGUCUUGGUGUCAGUCUGAGUGAGGGGCUUCUUUCUUUCUAGAGUGGUGGUUCUGAAACUCAAAAAUCAGACAGGAAAAAAAAUCCAUAGUAGAAGAAGAAACAGACCCAGAUGAGCUGGACACAGACAGAGCAGCAGCCCAGGAUGAAAAACAAAAACACAACAGAAGUAGAAUUAGCACGAUGAUCCGAGGUGAUGGAGUUUGUUUCUCUCACCUCUGCUCACACUCUAAUGUGACAUGUAAAGAAAAAAUAUGGCCACAUGUUCUGAAGCGAGAGACAGUUUAGUUUGAGGGUUAAUAUUUUAGCAAAAAGCCUUAUUUUAUGUAACUGAAAGCAGAGAGAGUAGAGAGUAGUCAGUGAAUGAAUUAAGCAUCACAGAGAGGACACAGUGUGCUAGUUAACACAAUACAGAAAUAUUAGGGUGCAGUGGUUGUUUUUCUUCAUAUAGCUGUCUAUUGUGUUUCUUUUUUUAUUUUGUAAUGUCACAUUUCUACUGUAGGUUUGUAUAAUGUCAAGAAGUUAAAAAGAAUAAAAAGUUAAAUGGUAAAAAAUUUGAGGGAAAGUUAUUUUUUAGAGUUAGGUUUGUUUCAGUUCAGAUCAAAAAUCAUUCUGUAAAUUCCACCAGAAAACAGAGUGAAAGUUCAAAAAGAGGAAGAAAAAACGCUCCUCCUCCUUCAACCACACCAGGAAAGAAAACACCAACCAUGCAACAAACGAGUGCUCCUCUGUACCCGCUGAUAUCAGACACCAUAAAGAAACUGGACGCACAAAAAGGCAGAAUUACAACACUUUAUCUCUAAAUGCAUAAAGUCUAGAAGAUUCAGAAGAUAUUUAACAGUGUAAGAGUAUGGGGGGGGGGGGGUUCAUGUCCUAACAUUUCUUUUCAAUUUGAAUUUCCAUCUUUUCACUUCUUGUGUGAAUCCAGUCGUGAUUUUCUACAGUUCUAUUUUACAUUUUUAUAAGUUACAUGCUCAAUUUUGAACUCUGGACCUCUCGGGUCAGUGGUUUGUUUGGGGUGGGGGAGGGGUGGAGGAAGCUGAAAGGUUAAAAAAUAGAAAAAAAACUGAGCGGACAAAACGGCUGAACUGAAAAGGAAGAAGGUGAUUGGACGGUUUGAUGGUUACUUAAAAAGUAGGACUGGUUUUUCCAGGGUGACAGCUUUAACUUUAAACAAAUCUUCUCUAUUUUUUUUAUUCACAAAAACAGCUGGAACAAGUUCUGGAAUGCGAUGACAUCAUCGUUUAGUCCUCUUUUUAUUGGCUCAUGAGACAUUAAAAGACUUCCAGCUUUUCUUGUUUGUUCUCUUUACUCCAAAAUGUUCUGGUCGUCGUUCUGUUCAGGGCUGCUGUGUUGCAUGGUGGGUACUGUAGUCAGUCAGUCACCAGGUUAGUACAACUCAUGCUCUGUCGUCAGUACAACCGUUGGUCACCGUGGUAACCAACGCUUAAGUUAGUGGAAGAAACAAAAAAAAAAAAACAGAAAAGGAAA